AUGUUGUGGCCUCGCACCAUACGAAGUACUCUUCUCACAAAGCCCAAGCAAUGCUCGAGAGCGUAUUCUUGGAAUUUUCCAAAGCCUCCACUGCCUCCAUCAGAUGAAGAUGUAUCGCAGAACGGUCUUCCACUUUUUCAAAAAGUGAUCGAUCAUGGAAAUCGUCCGUUUGUCACCGAAUGGCCUUCUCGGAAUCUUCCCGGUCCCCUUUCCUACAGCGACGUUGCUCACAAAGCAGCUACUGUUGCAAACUAUAUUGACAUACGCAACAAUUUCAGCAGCAAUGCUUCAUCUCCCUUUGUGGCCCACUCGACCCUUCCAGGAUCUGAUUACAUUGCUUGUCAAUGGGGUUGUUUUGGAGCCGCAAAAGCUUCUGUGCCGUUGUCAAUAUCUCAAAAAAUUCCGGAAUUGGAGCAUGUCUUGCAAGAUUCUGAUCCGGCAUUUAUUAUUGUGAGCGAAUUGGCUCCGAACUGUUCAUCUGUACUGCAAGCAGCCAUAAAUCUAAGGAUGGUCGAUAGAGUUGUUUACGUUGAUGAUAUCAUAUCAUCAGCAGCAGCAUUCACAAAGCCAAAGGAUCUGCUGGAAGAUAGAGGAGCACGCAUGGAUACUCCUGCACUACUGCUUUACACCUCUGGAACGACGGGGAAACCAAAGGGAGUCCUUCACACUCAAAGCAAUUUGUAUCAUCAAAUCACUGACCUCGUGGCUGCCUGGGAAUGGAAACCAUCAGAUGCCGCCUUGCACGUACUACCCUUGCAUCAUGUCCACGGCGUCGUGAAUAUCCUAUCAUGUGCUGCCUAUGCUGGAGCGCAAGUGCAGUUUCAACCGUUUGAUGCCAACCAGCUAUGGCAUCAGUGGGCUGAUACCAAUUCUGGUGCUACCUUGCCAACUACUUUCAUGGCAGUACCAACAAUUUAUGCCAAGCUCUUAGAAGCAGCAAAGGAUCUGCCGCCUUCAAUCGUCCAAAAAGCGGUCGAUCAAACAUUGUACCCAAUGCGGCUCCAAGUGUCUGGAUCUGCGGCAUUGCCCGUGUCCAUUUUGGAACAGUGGCAGAACUUGACAGGGCACACCUUAUUGGAACGCUACGGUAUGACCGAGUUUGCAAUGGCCUUGAGCAAUCCUUACCAAGAAGAUACGAUCAGCGACGCCAAUACUCCACAACAAAGACAUCCGGGCCACGUUGGACUGCCGCUCCCCUCCGUUGGUGUCCGGCUCGUCGACCAAGACGACGGCAGCAUUCUGGACCCAAUCGAUGGAACACCAGGAGCACUCCAAGUGAAGGGUCCCACGGUAUUCCAAGAGUAUUGGAAUCGACCUGAUGCCACAGCCGAAGCCUUUUCAGAAGACGGAUACUUCGACACGGGUGACGUCGCCGAGUACAAUGCCAGCAUCGAUAGCUACCGAAUAUUAGGUCGGGCGUCAGUGGACAUUCUCAAGAUUGGAGGGCACAAGCUGUCAGCAUUGGAAGUGGAGAGAGUACUAUUGGAAAAUGAAGAAGUUUUGGAAGCAGUUGUGAUUGGCGUUCCCGAUGAUGUGUGGGGGCAGAAGGUUGGUAUGAUUGGUCGACAGUCAUCGUCCAGUGAUCUGUCUCUGGAAGACAUUCAAGAUUGGUGUGCAUCACGUUUGGAAAAGCACAAGACGCCGACUUCACUCAUAUGGUUGGAUGCAAUACCGAAGAAUGCAAUGGGGAAGGUGAACAAAAAAGAACUUGUAGACCUGUUCGAAGGCAAAUAA